AUGGACACACGGCAGGCUAUGAAUGGGACGGAUCGGAACCUCAGCGCGGCCGAUAUCGAGGCCCAGCGGCGUCAGCGCAAGCGCACACAGAACAGGAUAAACCAGCGAGCUCACAGACAACGCGCUCAAGCUGAACGCGGGGAGACCAGCAAGAAAAGAAGUAGGCAGCAGCAGCCCUUUCAGGUGAAUAGAUGGCGGCUCGAGGAUGAAGAGUAUGAGGCAGACCGCGACGCCCGGGCGGCGGCCUCGGAUAGGAACAAGGUCAUGGUACGGCGUGGCGACAAGGUGACCUGGGAGACCAAUCCAAAUUGCACCGAGGCGCCCGGCGCGUUCAGGUUCUUCGCCGAUGACGGCACGCCGCUCUCGGUGACCCCGCAGCAGGUAGUGCAGAUCGGCAUGAGAGGAGGCGUGCCCGCCAACGGCGACCACCUGCUCAACCUGAUGAACUACAACGUGACGCGCGGCUUCUCGCAGAACAAGAAGACCGUGCGGUCCAUGGCGCGGUACGCCAUCCCAGAGGGGCCCGCGGGGCUCGGCGGCGUCAUGCCCACCGACAUCGUCUUCCCAGGGUUCGCAACGGUGUCGGACCCGGCGCCGCAGCUGCCCGAGACGCUGCGGCCGACGCUCAAGCAGCAGAAGGUAAUCCACUCGACGUGGAUCGACUUGAUCCCCUUCCCGCGUAUGCGGGACAACCUGAUCAAGUGGGAAGCGCACUUCGACCACUUCGACUUUGCGAUGGACAUCACGGGCAUGUACUCGUCGUGGCGGGCGAUGCCCAUCUCCAACUCGGCCGAGGGGAGGCCCGUCGCGGUCAGGCAGCACGUGCUGCUGCCGUACACGGACGACGAGGUCACGGUCGACCGGAGGGGCUUGGUGGUCUGGGGGGAACCGCACGUGCUGGAGAACUGGGAGGCGACGCCGGGGUUUUAUAAGAAGUGGUGGUGGGCUGUGGAGGGGUGCGACGAGCUGCUCGAGUCGACAAACAAGUGGCGGAGGAUUCGAGGCGAGGAGCCGCUGCGGUUCGCGCCCGUUGACGAGGAGCCGCCGAGGCUGGCCGUGGCGGAGGUGGAGGAGCUCAUAUGA